UUUCCCAUUAAUCACACUUUUACGCGCUUUCUCCCCCAAAAUAUAUAGGAACCCUAAACUUAACCAAGAAAUUCAACAAACUAAAGAAAUUCGACUGAAGAAAGAGUAAAGAUGAGUUCACCACCACCACCACCACCACCACCACCAGCAGCAGGAGCAGAUGAUCCAAACAAACCAGUAACAGGUUACCCAACAACAGGUAAUUACCCACCACCUCAAACUUCAUACCACCAAAAUUACCAUCAAACAGGAUAUCCAGCACAAACUAGUAAUAAUUAUCCACCACCACCACCAGGUACAGGAUAUCCAUACAGUGCACCGCCACCAGCCUAUUACAACCCUAAUCCGUACCCACACCAAACCUACGAUCCUCAACGCGCUACUUUUCUACGCCGUGUAAAAAUCGCUGGAAUUUCAGUUUUUCUCAUAAUCGGUGCUAUUACUUUCAUCAUAUGGCUUGUGGUUCGACCUCAUUUACCUGAUUUCCAUGUUGAUUCUGCUUCGGUUACCAAUUUCAAUGUUACGAAUUCACAAUUGUCAGCGAAUUGGGAAAUUGGGUUUUUUGUUAGAAACCCUAAUAAGAAGAUGACUAUUUUCUAUGAUCGGAUUGAGGGUUCCAUAUUUUAUAAAGAUGAAUCGCUUACUGAGACUUCGUUGGUGCCGUUUUUUCAAGAGAAGAAGAAUGAGACUACGAUUUCCACCAGGUUUACUGCUAUGGGCACUUAUGUUGGGGAAAGAACUGCCAAAGAUAUUCUUGGGGAUAAGAAUAAUGGAGGUGGGUUGAGAUUUAAUGUCAGGAUGUUGGCUUGGGUUAGAUUUAGAUCAGGUGCUUGGAGGACUAGGAGACAUUUGAUGAGGGUUUUCUGUGAAGAUGUUAGGAUUGGGUUCCCAAAUGCUACUUCCUCGGCUGGGACUUUAUCUGGUUCAUCCAAGGUUUGCGAGGUGCAUCUGUGAGUUUUUAACUACUAUUGUAUCUUCUUAUCCAAAAUAAUCUGAAUUGUGUUAAUUCGUGUUUUUCCUAGAGAUAAUCUGUUUGAAUGAUAAAUAUGUAAUUCUUAUUAGUUGAAGGAGUAUAAACUCUAGGAAGAUUGACUGUCUGUUUUUUUCCCUCCACCAUUUUGGUUAACGAGUACAUUGAUAAUUGUGUCUUGUGGAUCCUAAUUGGGCAUUGUUUGUCUUUCAUGUGAGGUUUUAUGAUAAGGGGUUAUGUAAAUGCUCAUUUGUUGCUG